CCGCGUGCGUCCCCCGCGUCACAAUCGCGGUUGAAAAUCGAACGCGAUCGAUUCGAAAUACGAUGCGGACAUCCCUAGUGCUGUGAUAUUUGUGUUCUUAAUUCGAAUUAUUUUUUUGGCAAAAUGUUUUGGCUUUUGGUAGCCCUAUCCUGCACGAUAGUUUCAGCUGAAUACAGCAAUUACUUCUCUAAACCCCAGUCGGCUGCUUCCGAAGCGCAAAUCCGCUUCGCCAUUGAAAACAAUUACGACAACACAGGACCUGGUGCAAAACAAAGAGAAACAGCCUACAAUACAUACAAACAUCUGGACGAUGCUUUGAUUAGCUACCUAGAUGAUCCUGACACGAAACUGCCAGAAAUCGAAAAAGAUAAAGCCGUAGUCAAACUGCUCAAAACUAAUAAGUAUUAUUCCAAAGUUGCUCAAUCGUAUUUGCCAAAGUCUGAGUUUGGACUGAAGCCUUUAGAUUCUGUUUUGAAGAAAGGCUACUGGAACUUUAAAGAAGGGUUGGCAGAUGAGAAAUUGCGAUCACAGAGUAUACCGUUCUUGAAGAGCCCGCUCAAUCUGAGUUUCUACUCCAAAGGAAGUCAGCCGGUGUCUCCUGCACUGUAUUCACUAGUGUAUGAUGUCAAUGGCAAAUCUACCUCGUUGCCUGCUGGACCAACAGGUCAAGGCGACUUCGUGAGAGGCUACUACUCCCUGAAAGACGGCGGCGGCAAGACCAGAAUCAUCGAGUACUCCGUCAACCAUGAUGGAGGAUAUUCUGCUUCGGAGAGGAGCGACGUGUUGUAAAGAAUAAGAUUAAGAAUCUGCACUUUAGACUUUGCUAGG